GCUAAAGAAAUCCUGACAAAAGAAUCCAAUGUGCAAGAGGUUCGAUGUCCAGUCACCGUGUGUGGAGAUGUGCAUGGGCAAUUUCAUGAUCUCAUGGAACUGUUUAGAAUUGGUAGCAAGUCACCAGAUACAAAUUACUUGUUUAUGGGAGAUUAUGUUGACAGAGGAUAUUAUUCAGUCGAAACAGUUACACUGCUUGUAGCUCUUAAGGUUCGUUACCGUGAACGCAUUACCAUUCUUCGAGGGAAUCAUGAGAGCAGACAGAUCACACAAGUUUAUGGUUUCUAUGAUGAAUGUUUAAGAAAAUAUGGAAAUGCAAAUGUUUGGAAAUAUUUUACAGAUCUUUUUGACUAUCUUCCUCUCACUGCCUUGGUGGAUGGGCAGAUCUUCUGUCUACAUGGUGGCCUCUCACCAUCCAUAGAUACACUGGAUCACAUCAGAGCACUUGAUCGCCUUCAAGAAGUUCCUCAUGAGGGUCCAAUGUGUGACUUGCUGUGGUCAGAUCCAGAUGAUCGUGGUGGUUGGGGUAUAUCUCCUCGAGGAGCUGGUUACACCUUUGGGCAAGAUAUUUCCGAGACAUUUAAUCAUGCCAAUGGUCUCACGUUGGUGUCUAGAGCUCACCAGCUGGUGAUGGAGGGAUAUAACUGGUGCCAUGACCGGAAUGUAGUAACAAUUUUCAGUGCUCCAAACUAUUGUUAUCGUUGUGGUAACCAAGCCGCAAUCAUGGAACUUGAUGAUACUCUAAAAUACUCUUUCUUGCAGUUUGACCCAGCACCUCGUAGAGGAGAACCACACGUUACUCGUCGUACCCCAGACUACUUCCUGUAAUGAAAUUUUAAACUUGUACAGUAUUGCCAUGAACCAUAUAUUGACCUAAUGGACAUGGGAAGAGCAACAGUAACUCCAAAGUGUCAGAAAAUAGUUAACAUUCAAAAAACUUGUUUUCACACGGACCAAAAGAUGUGCCAUAUAAAAAUACAAAGCCUCUUGUCAUCAACAGCUGUGACCACUUUAGAAUGAACCAGUUCAUUGCAUGCUGAAGCGACAUUGUUGGUCAAGAAACCAGUUUCUGGCAUAGUG